UCUCUCCAUUUUCUUUUGCCCUUUUCUCACCCACCACUCUCACACACCUCUUCACCUCACCUUACACACACUAAAAAAACAUCACUUCUCUCUGUCUCUCUCUCUAAAAAAAAUUCUAUCUUUUUGCUGUUCCAACAUGUCUUUUAGAGUUUGUUUCAGUUUCAGAUCUUAAGUGGGAGGUGUUAUGCUUCUUCUUAUAUAUUGAAGCUCAAGAAAACUAAGAAAACAGAGCAAAUUUUUGCUUUCUUUUCUCCUACUUUUUGUGGGGGUAAUUCUUGUUUUUGUAAUCUCAAAGCUGGCUAUUUUAUGUAUAUACUGAAGGGGUUGUGGUGAUUUGUUUGUCUACUUUAAGAAGGUGCCAUCUUUUUCAGUAAUAUUUGGGUAAAGGUUCUCUUUUUUUGGCCUUACACGCGAAGAUUCAGGCCUCUCUGAACGUGUCAUUUGUUCUCUGUAUUAAACACAGCUGGAGAAGUAAUUACAUCAAGGUUUGAGGGCAAUGGCUAUGGUUGCACAGCAGCACAGGGAGAGUAGUAGUGGUAGUAUUACAAAACAUCUUGACAGUAGUGGAAAGUAUGUCCGGUAUACAGCUGAGCAAGUUGAGGCAUUGGAGAGGGUUUAUGCUGAGUGCCCUAAGCCUAGCUCCUUGCGCCGCCAACAAUUGAUCCGUGAAUGCCCUAUUCUGUCGAAUAUCGAGCCUAAGCAGAUCAAAGUUUGGUUUCAAAACAGAAGGUGUCGAGAGAAGCAAAGGAAAGAGUCUUCUCGACUACAGACUGUAAAUAGAAAGCUGUCUGCAAUGAAUAAACUAUUGAUGGAGGAGAAUGAUCGCUUGCAAAAACAGGUUUCGCAGCUUGUGUGUGAAAAUGGCUUUAUGCGGCAACAGUUGCAUACUGCAUCAGCGGCCACUACUGAUGUAAGUUGUGAGUCUGUGGUAACUACCCCUCAGCAUUCCCUCAGAGAUGCUAACAACCCUGCUGGACUGCUGUCGAUUGCAGAGGAAACCUUAGCAGAGUUCCUUUCCAAGGCUACAGGAACUGCUGUUGAUUGGGUCCCGAUGCCUGGGAUGAAGCCUGGUCCGGAUUCAGUUGGGAUUUUUGCCAUCUCACACAGUUGUAGUGGAGUGGCAGCCCGAGCAUGUGGUCUUGUUAGUUUAGAGCCGACAAAGAUUGCUGAGAUCCUCAAAGAUCGAUCUUCUUGGUUCCGAGAUUGCCGGAACGUUGAAGUUUUCACAAUGUUUUCUGCAGGAAAUGGAACAAUUGAACUUUUGUACACGCAGAUAUAUGCUCCUACCACCUUGGCUCCUGCACGUGAUUUUUGGACUCUGAGAUACACAACCACCCUGGAGAAUGGUAGCUUUGUGGUUUGUGAAAGAUCCCUCUCUGGUACUGGAGCUGGGCCGAAUGCUGCUUCUGCUUCCCAGUUUGUAAGAGCUCAAAUGCUUCCGUCUGGAUAUCUAAUCCGACCGUGUGACGGUGGAGGAUCCAUUAUACAUAUUGUUGACCACCUGAAUCUUGAGGCAUGGAGUGCCCCUGAGAUUUUGCGUCCACUUUAUGAAUCGUCAAAAGUUGUGGCACAGAAAAUGACUAUUGCGGCACUGCGAUAUGCAAGGCAAAUAGCUCAGGAGACUAGUGGGGAGGUUGUAUAUGGUCUGGGAAGGCAACCUGCAGUUCUUCGAACAUUUAGCCAGAGAUUAAGCAGAGGCUUCAAUGAUGCCAUCAAUGGAUUCAGUGAUGAUGGCUGGUCAUUGUUAAGUUCUGAUGGUGGUGAAGAUGUUAUAGUUGCUGUCAAUUCAAGGAAGAACAUUGCCACCACUUCCGUUCCUCUUUCACCACUUGGAGGCAUCCUUUGUGCCAAAGCAUCAAUGCUACUCCAGAAUGUUCCUCCUGCGGUACUGGUUCGAUUUCUCAGGGAGCACCGUUCAGAGUGGGCGGACUUUAAUGUUGAUGCCUAUGUAGCUUCCUCAAUGAAAUCUUGUUCAUAUGCAUAUCCUGGGGUGAGGCCUACCAGAUUUACCGGAAGCCAGAUAAUAAUGCCACUGGGCCACACAAUAGAACAUGAAGAGAUGCUUGAAGUUAUUAGAUUGGAAGGGCACUCUAUUGGCCAGGAAGAUGCUUUUAUGCCGAGAGAUAUUCACCUUCUCCAGAUGUGUAGUGGAACCGAUGAGAAUGCUGUCGGAGCUUGUUCUGAACUAGUUUUUGCUGCAAUUGAUGAGAUGUUUCCAGAUGAUGCACCCCUGUUGCCCUCCGGGUUUCGUAUCAUUCCUCUCGAGUCAAAAUCAAGCGAUCCCCAGGAUACAUCGAAUGCUCAUAGAACACUGGAUCUGGCAUCAAGUCUUGAAGUUGGCCCAGCAACAAACCCUGCUACUGGAGAUGUGGUCUCUGGCUACAGUGCACGAUCUGUAUUGACAAUUGCUUUUCAAUUUCCAUUCGAGGACAAUCUUCAGGAUAAUGUAGCUACCAUGGCGCGCCAGUAUGUUCGCAGUGUGGUUUCAUCUGUCCAACGGGUUGCCAUGGCAAUAUCUCCCGCAGGAGUGAAUUCAACAUUCGGGUCCAAGCUUUCUCCAGGCUCCCCUGAAGCUGUAACUUUGUCGCACUGGAUCUGCCAGAGCUACAGUUAUCACAUGGGGACAGAGUUGCUUCAAGCUGAUUCGAGGGGCGAUGAAUCAGUGCUAAAGAAUCUUUGGCAACAUCAGGAUGCUAUUUUGUGCUGCUCAUUGAAGUCGCUGCCGGUUUUCAUUUUUGCUAAUAAGGCUGGGCUUGAUAUGCUGGAGACAACAUUAGUUGCUUUGCAAGACAUUACUCUAGAUAGGAUAUUUGACGAAUCUGGCCGGAAAGUGUUGUUCGCUGAAUUUCCCAAGAUCAUGGAUCAGGGUUUCGCGUACCUGCCGGGUGGUAUUUGCAUGUCUGCAAUGGGACGACAUAUUUCAUAUGAACAAGCUAUUGCAUGGAAAGUCUUUGCUUCUGAAGAAACUAGUGUCCACUGCUUAGCCUUCUCAUUUAUUAACUGGUCAUUUGUUUAA